AUGGAGGAAUUACGCGCGACGGUGCUGCGUCACUAUUUGCAAUUGGAAAGCAUUAUGAUCGCUUGGAUCAGAAAAGUAAACUUUCUUAAACAAUACACUGAUGACCCGCUAAGUGCCCGAAUAACACUUUUUCUUGUGGUGAUGGGAGGAUUUGCUCUUGUGAAUGAACUCUACAUAACAAUUCAAAUGAGUGCCUUACAAAUGGAUACAUGGGAACAAUUGAACAGCACUAAAUUGGACGAAGAUUUUAUUAGAAACCAUCGAUUCAUACAUGACGAUUCGUACCAUGCCACAGAAUGGUUUGAUGAAAAAUCCGGUCUCAUAAUCGAGGAGUUCGAAUCGAGGGAAAAGUUCUUUGCCAAACCUGUGCAUGUCGCUCACAUAUACGUUAGAUGCCAAGUUAUCGACGAAGAUACCAAAAAGCUUCUGUUGGAUAAUCCAAUCACAUUCCACAUUGAAUUCUCACCAGAAGAAUUCGAAAAUGAAAAAAGACCAGAGUUUGGUUGUACAUUAAGGCUAUUAAAAUCAAAACUUUAUCACUUCUUUAAAGAUGGUCACUUUUAUGAUCAGUUCAAACAGCCAAGCAAAACCUUCACCAUUACCAAAAAUGUAAAAAUCUACAACACCAUGAGCGAGGAACUUCCAAAAAACCUCGACGAUAUUCAAUUGUGUUUCUUAAAGAUGGAAACUGGUGACACUAUAGACUGUGAGUUUUUGGUGUGA